GAGCUUCAAUUAGCUUCCUUCGCAUCGUCAACACCGCCAACAUGUUCCGUUUCCAUAAGACUCUCGACAUCAUCACUCUCUUCCACAAGGCUGGCGCGCCAGCUUCGCAGAGGGUUGCAACAAUCCUCAAGCAAGCUUCCGCCAAUGCCACGGCCAGUGCAACCGAGGACCAGGCCAGCGAUCACACUGCUCAGACUCAUCCCAAGCGUACCGAGUUCGAGCUCAACAUCACCGAGGAUCUUCCCACUGCCGACCAGGUCAAGACCAUUCUCGAAUAUGUUGGCCCCAGCAAGGUGUCCAGCAUCAUCAGCGGUGCUGCCAACGAGAGCGAAGCCCUGAAGAAAUUCAAGCUGGACAGCAACACCUUCCAGAGGCCUGUGGUUGUGGAUUGGAACAACGGCCGCGCCACGGCCGACAGCAACGAGUCCGAGAUCCUUAAACUGGUGAAUGCGCUCAACAAGGGCAACUAAAACCGCUUCAUUGAUAUACCCUCUCGCUCUUUGUACCAUAUAAACUUGUCCACUCAUCAAUGGCACGCUGUAAUACAAAGCAACUGAGCC